CGACUGUUCGUCGGGCACGGAUUAGGGACCGAUGAAGCAGGUUCCAGGAGUCACCGAUGAACACUGCCGAUGAACCUGUAUAUAUUUUGGUAUCGCUAGCUAGCCCCAAGUGCUUUGCUUCAUCACGGUCGCCUCUCCUACCGCUUCUUGCCUGCCCUUCGCGAAGCCACGCAACUCUGCUGAGCUCGUUCAGCCCUGCAGGGCACGGUAUCUAGUAUAAGCUUGUUACAGUUUUGCCACAUAGGCACACGCUGAGACUAUAGGGGCUCGCAGCGAUUGGCUAAGCUAAUCAUAGCGCCGAGCCUGAGCUUACUGUAGGUAGAAUGAUGUGCAAGAUAGUAACACACACUAGUCGCUCGCUUCGGAGAGGUCUCUGCUCUUCGACGGACGCAUCGACGGAAGAGACAGAGGGGCCACCUGAGGCAGCAAGGCCGUGAACUUUCGUUGAUCCAAAAAACUACGCUCUCCUUGUAGCUGAGCAGCGAGAGCAGUGGCACGUGGAACAGGGGCUGCAGGCUGGUGUCUAUACCCUCCCGGUAAGCAAGAACCCGCGUCUUUACUAAUCCCAGUAGUCUUCACUAUUAGCUGCACGAAUGUCCACAAUUACAUUUCACAAUCCUCGUGUCGGACCUCCAGGUCGGCUCCAUGAAAUUUGCCACCCGGGACCGCUUCGCGUGCGGCAAAUCACAAGCUGGAGAGCGGAGGCUAUGUGGAGAUGAAAGGCUCAGACCAGGAGCACAGUAGAGGGCUUGUCACGGCACUCGUCCGGACCUCGGGCGCGGCGAGCCUGUACGGCACGCGCCUCGACGCGGACGCUGUGUGCUGAGCGUUGAGUAGCGGAGCUGCGGCAGGAGAAGAAGGAGAAGGAGCAGGAGCGGCAGCGGUAGUGGCAGCAGUGGCGGCAGUGGCAGCUGCGUAAACAACAGCAGCAGCUAGCAGCAGCAGCGGCCAAGUCGGCCAUGGCUGCGCAGCCUGACGACGUUGAUGGCCUGUUGGCCUCCCUCGGCUUGCUCCCUGCCGCAACCCCGCCGUUGCUGGCGGAGGAGAUGCUGCCGGCUGCAGGUGCUGCCGAGCCAGUAGUUGCAGGCGUUGCUGAACCGGCCCCAGCUGUGUCGGCUUCAGAUGCAUCCGACACCGAGCAGCAGCAACACUCGGCAGCGGCGGCCUCUGAUUAUGGGGGGCUCACCAGCUCAGACCUGUCAGACGGCCCGGGCGACUCAGAAGGGGGUAGCCGCCCCCUUGCUUCUGACAAGGGAGAUGAUGGCCUGGUCUUGAUUGGGAAUGGGCGGUCGGUGCGCACACUAUCCCAGUCCGAUCUCGCAGGGCUGCGGGCCGCAUUACACAACACACCGCGGUUUGAGAACUGCCCUCACUUUGCACGCUACGUCACGAGGACGGUUAACCCGCAAGGGUGAACCGUCAAGAGGCUGGAUGAAAUGGUUGCGAAGCGCGUGCUUGGCGGGGACACUGCUGCUUCUGGAGCUGCUGCUGCGGCCAGUGUGCGGUGGCCAGUGGCACACGUGUUCUGCCGAGCCGAGGUGAAUGAGGAGGUCCUGUCUAGCGCCAGUUAUCGCACAUGCGUGUCUUACUAUAUGCUCAUCAAGUACACAGUGGCGAAGAAGGUGGAUGGCGUGAAUGGCAGUGUUCAGCAGCCGUAUGUAUGCCGUGUGCGCUUCUACGUUAAGCUGCCGUGUACUGCGGACUUGGUGUCGGCCGCGGGGGAUGGGCUUGGUCCACAGACGCAACGGCGGUUGAAUGGGAGGCAACCGGUGCGGCUGGCUAUCGUGAGUGUGCAGGAAGCAGAAGAGGUAUUGGAAGGUCGGCUGUAUAAGGUUACAGGUGCUGUGCCGGAUGCAGCGUACGUGCACUCCUCUGACGACGACCUACCCGCUAUCCUGUCCUGGUAUGCGUUGCCGCCGUCUGCCCUUUCAAUGGGGACGGCGCAGCGCCUGGUUGUUGCGGCAGAUACUGGUGACGUGGAUCGCGGUGAUAGGUACUUCAUGCCGUACUGGCUACGUGUCAUCGCAGCCUGUAUG